GCUGAAGUUGAAUUUAUUUUUAUUAGAGAGAGAGAGAGAGACACACACACACACAAGGCCGAAAAAGCUUUUUGACCCCUCAGAGCUCGAAUCUCUCUUUCAAUGAGCAAUUGACUGCGGAAGAAAGCAGAGAUAGAUUAGACCUUCUCAUUUUGUCUAAUCAAACUUCAACCUAUAUCUGCUUUUCCCCCUCAAGUUUAUCUGCUGUUAUUGAAAUAAUCUUGUGGGGAAGGGGGAAGAGAGAGAGAGAGAGAGAGAGAGAGAGAGAGAGAGAGGGGCCGAGUCACUGAAUCAAGCUCGGGACUAGUUUGGCUGUGUGGCAGAGAAACGGACAGAAAGAGAAAGAGAGGGUGAUGACUGAUGAAUCUUCUUUCUAAAUUCAUGUUGUCAGCUCGUUGCGUUGAACAUAUCUGAAGAUUCUCUUUUGGAUAUAGCUCGAUUUUAGCUUCGAAAUGGGAACUCCACCACCAGAAGAGCUUCUCAAGAAGAUCGAGGACCUCGAGGCGGGUCACGCUCAUCUCAAGCAAGAAAUGUCCAAGCUCAAGCUCUCGGGCGCGAGCGAUGCCCGAGCCGAGCAGAGCCAUCAUCGCCAGAGGUCGCACUCGAUAUCGCCGCAGCGUUCGAGAUUGGGUGCGUCCAGGAGGAGAGCUGGAGGCGGCGGAUUCGAUGGACCUGCUUCGUGGAAGAAAGGUUCAACUUCGUUUAAACAUUCGUCACCGCUUCAGAGAGAGAGCCGUAGCAGUGAUCCUCAGAAUGAUGGAGAAGUUGGCGUUGGAAGGGGCCCUUCAGCUGUGAAUUUUACUGAUAGGCAGUAUCUCAAUAUUUUGCAGUCAAUGGGGCACUCUGUUCAUAUAUUGGAUCUUAACGGUCGUAUGAUAUACUGGAACCGUAGUGCUGAAAAUUUAUACGGUUAUACAGCGGAAGAAGCCCUCGGUAAGGAUGGCAUUGAACUGCUUGUAGACCCCAGGGAUUUUGCCGUAGCCAAUGAUAUAGUCAACCGGGUCAUUAAGGGAGAGAAAUGGAUUGGGCAGUUCCCUGCCAAAAAUAAGAUGGGAGAGAAGUUUUUCGCUUUAGCUAGUAAUACCCCUUUAUAUGACGAUGAUGGAAAUUUGGCUGGCGUUAUUUCGGUCUCGAGUGAUUCACGCCCCUUCCUUGACACGAGAGUUCCGUUAUCAGGAGUAAAGCACUCUGAAACAGGUUCAGGCUCCAGCAAUCUUAAAAGUGGCAUCACAAAUAAACUUGGUCUGGAUUCUCAACAGCCUCUUCAAGUUGGUAUAGCAUCAAAAAUUUCUAAUUUGGCAUCCAAGGUAAGUAACAAAGUGAAGUCAAGAAUCCGAAUGGGAGAAAAUGUGGAUCGUGAAGGUGGGAGCGGUGAAAGUCAUCAUUCUGAGCAUAGCUUCUCAGAUUCUGUUCUCUCAGACCAGAGAGAAGAUGCUAAUUCAAGUGGAGCUAGCACACCCAGGGGAGAUGUGCCCCCAUCUCCUUUUGGUCUAUUUUCUCACAAAGAAGACAAAAGUCAAGGAAAAAAUUUAAAAGAUUACGGUGAUGAGGGUGAAGGAAAACCUAGUCAUAAAGUAUUAACUUCCAAGGCUGAAGCAUGGAUUCAAAAGAAAACAAUAUCAUGGCCAUGGAAAGCAUAUGAACGGGAUGGGUCAGAGGGAAGGAAUGUCCGUGUUGGUUGGCCCUGGGUGCAGAAUGAUCAAGAAAAUGAGCCAGCUCAGCGAAAGCCUCUUUCUUCUUGUGUGAGGCCAGAAAGUCAGGCAGGAGAAGGAGGUCGACCUGUUAAUAAUGAAGCAUCAGGAUCCUGGUCCUCCUUCAAUGUUAACAGCACAAGUAGUGCAAGCAGCUGUGGGAGUGGCAGCAGUGCAGUCAAUAAUAAAUUGGACAUGGAUACCGAUUGUUUGGAUUAUGAAAUCUUGUGGGAAGACUUGACAAUUGGAGAACAAAUUGGGCAAGGAUCAUGUGGAACUGUGUAUCACGCUCUGUGGUAUGGAUCAGAUGUUGCGGUCAAGGUAUUCUCCAAGCAAGAAUACUCAGAUGAUGUAAUAAUGUCCUUCAGACAAGAGGUAUCUGUUAUGAAAAGACUUAGACAUCCAAAUGUCCUUCUUUUCAUGGGGGCGGUAACUUCACCUCAACGUCUCUGCAUUGUGACAGAGUUUCUCCCCCGUGGAAGCUUGUUUCGCUUACUUCAGAGAAACACAUCCAAACUUGACUGGAGACGACGUGUUCAUAUGGCUUUAGACAUUGCACGGGGUGUAAACUAUCUUCAUCAUUGCAGCCCACCUAUCAUUCAUCGAGAUUUGAAGUCUUCAAAUCUUCUAGUUGAUAGGAACUGGACUGUUAAGGUUGGUGAUUUUGGCCUUUCGCGCCUAAAGCAUGAAACUUAUCUCACGACAAAGACAGGAAAGGGCACGGUGGGUUCACAUAUCUUCUUUCCUCAAUGGAUGGCACCAGAAGUUCUUCGUAAUGAGCCUUCUGAUGAGAAGUCUGAUGUAUACAGCUUUGGGGUGAUAUUGUGGGAACUUACAACUGAAAAGAUCCCUUGGGAGAGUCUCAACUCAAUGCAGGUAAUUGGAGCUGUUGGGUUCAUGAACCAGCGGCUAGAAAUUCCGAAGGAUGUUGAUCCUACGUGGGCUGCUAUAAUUGAGAGCUGCUGGCAUAGUGAUCCAGCUGGUCGGCCAACAUUUCAGGAACUGCUAGAAAGGCUGAGAGAGCUGCAAAGACGUUAUGCCCUUCAAUUUCAAGCAGCUCGUUCUGCUGGUGUUGAAAACACUCAAAAGGAAUCCUAAACACAGCCUCUGAGCUUCUUCUCCUUUAUUUGCUUGCAGUCCAUAUGAUGAUUUUCUGCAUACAUUUUUACCAGUUUCUGGUAAGCCGAGGAGUUGGUACAAACUGCCCGGCUUGAAGUUGGAACUUGGAACCAUACCAAAUUGCUGAUCAGAACUGCGGUUCAUCACCAUUUGCAAUAGAACUUAUAAGGGGACAACAUGGAAAAUAGAAAAAGUGGAGCAAGAGACUUUUGACAUUGAUUAUGAUUGGGGGAUGGUCAUGUUUUGUCUCUUUUAAGGCAUCGAAGAUCUUCGAUUUGUUAGUAGUGCUAUUUGCCUGGAGCCAUGCCAAAUGGGGUUGAUUGUGACCUCUGUUGUAAUCCUAGAUGGAGAAUUUAGGUGCUAUUAAAAAAAUUUGUACAGUGGCAGAGAAAGCAAAAACUUCGAGUUUUCAUUGGACUAAGGGGAUUAGGAUCAGAAAAGUUCCUUCCCUUUAUAUUCUUUGAUAUUCAUGGUUGGAGCUUUGUCAUUGCCCACUUGAAUCAACGAAGUGCGGCUUGGCAUGUCAGAUUGGCAUUUGACAAUAACCCUUCAGGAUCGAUUAUUCUGUUUUAAACCAAUCAGUGAGUGUGAUUUUCCUACGUAGGUCCA